AUGGCCGACGACGAGGCGGCUCCUCCGCCCGAGCUGAAACGCAAGCGUCUGUCACACGCCUGCAAAGCGUGUCGUGCUCGAAAAGUGCGCUGCGACGAACGACUACCCGCGUGUACCAACUGCGUCAAGUCCAAGACUGAGUGCAUCACCGACGAUCCACGCAAGCCGCACUUGGCCAGCGUGAAGCGCACAAGAGCCUCGAGCAUCGGUAGCACUGCUGCUGCUCCCGUAUCGGCAACUCCGAGCGAAGAGCCGCCUGCGGAUAUCAAGAGCUUGCAGAGCGCGAACGACAACAAAGCCCAUUCGGCAAGGCCGCGAAAACCUUCAGUCAAGCAAUCGCAUCCGCCGAAUCGCUCUGCAGAUUCAUCGCGCCUCAAAGAGGAUGAGGACCCGCAACUGGAGCAAGCUUCCGCCGCAGCAACCUCGCCGUGGGCUGAUCCGACGUGGAUGAGGAACACGCUCGGAAGCUCCUCCGCCAGCAUCAUCUCGGACUCGCAGGCUCAGGACCGCUUCAAGUACGUCGGCUCCUCCAACUUGCAGGUCUUUUCGCAUUGGAUCGACCUCCUCCUCGCAAAGCAACGCGCUUCCCACGAUCACAUACGCCGUAAAGCUCCCGACACGGCCAUCUCUGAUCAUUUCGACCACGGCCGCAUCCACUCCGAAGAGUAUCAACUCCCUCUCAGACCCAUCUUGCCGGCCUUGACUCACCUGGCUCACUUUGACGACAUCCUCAACGACUUUUUCAACGACGCCAAUGCCGUCUUCCCCGUCUUCGACGAAGAGGUGCUGCGUCGUGAUGCCGUCCGCUUCAUUCAGCAGUACCGUCUCGAUGACGCUUCGCUGAUGCGGCUCGACCUGAUCGCUCCAUACGAAGUGCCCCUCCUGGCCACCAUCUACAUCGUCACCGCGAUCAGUCUGUUGGACGCAACACCUCGACAGCCUGAUCAGGUCAAGAUCUACCUCGAUGCAGCCUACUCGCUCUACGGUCACAUUAUCGGUGUCCCUUACCUCUCGUCGGUGCAGGCACUGCUCAUGCUGCAUUUGGUAUUGCGAGCUUCCAGCAAGGACGGUGCUGCCUGGCAGGCGCUCAGCUCUGCCAUCCGCAUAGCCUACUCGAUCGGCCUGCAUCGUGCGCCUCCAUCACCGCCUCUCCAUUCGGCCGCCUUGGAGAAGACGAAGGCGCGCAUCUGGUGGUGCUGCUAUGCUCUGGAUCGCAUCGCCACCUUGGAUUCGGGUCGACCGACCAUGAUCAACGAUCUCGACGUCCAACUCUCCGCACCUAGACCGAUUCCGAAAGCGACGCAGAUCGAUGCCGCGUCGCCCAAGGCUGAGGGCUUGUCCGACCAGGUGUACAACGAACGCUAUCUCGCUUGCCUCGUUUCGCUCUGUCGACUCAAAGCAGAGAUCCACAAUGCGCUCUACACCAGCCGCAAUCAGACGGUCGACGAAUCCGAGCUGUUUUCGACCAUCGCCAGCUUGGACCAGAGGCUUUUGGAUUGGUCUUCGACGUGUCUCACCAGUCUCCAUCUACCCACCAUGAGCAGCGAAGAAGCCUUGCGCGCCGUCUCGAAACCGCGCGAUCUGCAAACCCUGCAUCUGCUGUGCACCUUUCACUUCACCGUGAUCAACGUCCAUCGUGCAUCCGUCAUGCUCGAUACCCGACUCUACCGUCAUCACGUGGCGUCCAAACUGACACGACGCAAGGACCGUCUGCUGUCCGCCGAGACCAUCUGCCGCGGAUCCGCUCGAGCCAUCAUCCGAUGCAUCAACCAGUACUGCCUCGUGCAUCGAUGCAGCACACGCAUGAUCUCCGGCACCAUCUCGCUGAGUGCCGUCUACGUCUUGGCGAUCUGCAUCUUCAAGCACCCGCAAGAGUGGAACGUCUCUUCCGACCUGGCGUUGAUCGAUAGCAUCGCCAAGAAGGUCUCCAAGGAUUACAGCGAUGAUGGCAUGCCGAGCGGGUUUACGAGCAUCUUUGAGACGCUCCAGAGGUUGGCGGUUCAGUGUGUGAGGUGCAGCGUUAGCAGACCACCGAGUCCUCCGCUCGCGGAGCUGGGAAGGGAGAAGGAGGAGAAGGACAAGUGGCAAGGCGGAGAUGUCAGCUUGGAACCUUUUUGGAAGAGUCUGGGCUUUGGGAACGUCUUGUCGAACGUCGACGAUUCCAUGGCGGGAGCAGCAAUCGAUGGAACGCAGACAACGGCGGUAGCGGAGCAAGGCGCGACAGCGAGUGGUGCAACGUUUCAGAGCCUGUUGCACCUCGACCAACCAGACGAACUCUUGUGCUCUCUGUUGGGUUUACCGGACUUCUUUACGCCGACCAAUGCAGAUGGCGCAUUCAGCUUCGACCCCAUCGCCGACCCACUUGAAGGCGAGACCAUUGGCGGCACAGCACAUCACAGCGCAAUCUGA